AUGUUGGCUAUCGGUGACGCCGUCUUGCGUAUCGUCAACUUUGUCUUCCUUGUCAUUGCCCUUGGUUUGACCGGCUCUCUUGCCGCCACCACUGACUGGCAAUCCAACCCCCAGGUGAACUUUGCUGUUUUCGCCGCUGCUUUUGGCAUCUUGUUCUCCUCGCUUUAUGGUCUUGUUGCCUACUUCAUUGCUGCCCUCGCCUGGCCAGUGAUUUUGUUCACUUUUGACUUUUUGAACACUGUCUUCACUUUUGCCGCUGCCACCGCCAUUGCUGCCGGCAUCAAUGUCCACUCGUGUAACAACCUGGACUACUUGGACAGCAACAACAUUACCCAGGGCCUGGCGGGCAGAUGCAGAAAGGCCCAGGCCUCUGUUGCUUUCCUCUACUUUUCGUUUUUCAUCUUCUUGGCCUCGUCGGUUUUCUCGGGCAUUUCCAUUGGCAAGGGCGGUCUUUUCGGCUCCUCUUCCCGCUCCAGAGGCGUCGGUGUGCCUUCCGUCUCCCAGGUCUAG